GUUGUAAGAGCCGCGCAAAGUGCGAGCAGUAGCAACAAAAGGUAGCAGAUUACAGAUAGCCUCUGUAAACGGACUGUGGUGACACAAUGGUGUAGUAAUGCUGUCCUGUGUAUGGCUGUGAGACAGACGCGGUGUGUGUGUGGUCGAUAGGCGGUGGCAAACACAAGCGGGAGGCUGAAUCUUUGCGGAAGUCGGCGAAACUCGAGUCAUAUGACCAGGCAGCCGGAGAAAAUGCUACCUAGAUAUGGAUAAAAAUCAACCGACACGGUGACUAACAUCCACAACGACACGAUGGAGGAGAUUAAAGUGUCUCCUGACUAUAACUGGUUCAGAAGCACAGUGCCGCUGAAAAGAAUUAUUGUUGAUGACGACGACAGCAAAGUGUGGUCGUUGUAUGAUGCAGGCCCGAAGAGCAUCAGGUGUCCCAUCAUCUUCCUUCCUCCAGUCAGUGGAACCGCAGAGGUUUUCUUCCAGCAGGUGCUGGCUCUGACUGGCUGGGGCUAUAGAGUCAUCUCGCUGCAGUAUCCGGUGUACUGGGAUCUCAUGGAGUUCUGCGACGGCUUCAGGAAGCUUCUCGAUCACUUGCAGCUGGAUAAAGUUCAUCUUUUCGGCGCAUCCUUGGGCGGAUUCUUGGCCCAGAAGUUUGCAGAAUACACACACAAGUCCCCCAGGGUGCACUCGCUGAUACUGUGUAAUUCAUUCAGCGACACGUCCAUCUUUAACCAGACGUGGACGGCAAACAGUUUUUGGUUGAUGCCAGCUUUCAUGUUGAAGAAGAUCGUUCUGGGGAACUUUGCUAAAGGACCUGUGGACCCUAAAAUGGCCGACGCAAUUGACUUCAUGGUUGAUAGGUUGGAGACUCUAAACCAAAGUGAGCUAGCCUCCCGGCUAACGCUGAACUGUCAGAACUCUUAUGUGGAACCCCACAAAAUAAAAGAGGUUGCUGUGACCAUUAUAGACGUGUUUGAUCAGAGUGCGCUCUCACUGGAGGCCAAGGAGGAGAUGUAUAAACUGUAUCCAAACGCCAGACGAGCUCAUCUGAAAACAGGUGGAAACUUUCCUUACCUGUGCCGGAGUGCAGAAGUCAACCUUUACAUACAAAUUCAUUUGCGUCAGUUUCACGGGACACGCUACGCUGCCAUCAACCCUGCUAUGGUGAGCGCUGAAGAGCUGGAGGUCCAGGAGAGCCACCUGAGCAAAAACCACGACUCUGAUGACGAACAGUGAAGACGGCGUCCCCGUCCCCCCGUCCCCCCCAACAGUCUAGAGCAGCAGAACUGUGACCCUUCUCUCUGACUCUUUUGAACCAUUUCCCCACAGUCUCUCUCACUCAUCUCCUGAGCUCAUUUCAAAGGACGUUCUCCAGAUCAACACUGUGGCAGGUUUUUCUAUGGAGCGCAAUAGUCAAUCAGCUAGUCAAAUGAGUAUAUUUUUAUUUUACAGAUGAAGCAAUAUUUUGAUAAUUACUUGUACAUAAAUGGUACUUGGCCGCUUUGCUUUAAAAAACAUAUGACACCUUGCCUUAUGUGGAAUGAAUUUGAUAAUUGUUGCACUCAUAAUAUUGCCUGAAUUGUUUGCCUAAAGUGUUCAUUUAUAUGUAUUAAUAUAUAUUCUGGUUAACACUACCAGCAGUGAACUGGUUUACUGUUAACACAAAGUCAAAAGAUUAACACACUGGUUACGGAUAAACAUGUAUCUGAAAUGUUUGUGUAAUUAAAUGAGAUUAUGUUACAUUUUUCCAUUUGUUUUGGAAUACAGUUAACUUUUUGAAUUUC